GGUCGUCACCCCCGGGGUGCGCGGAAGCGUUAAUCCCCCACAGGGUCAGCGAAGCCGCUGGCGGCGGCGGCCUCCCCGUUGGCGGUUUCGCCCCGAUUUAGAGACUUCCCCCCCGCUUUCUUUCCCCGUACGUUCGCGGGUGGUGUAAGACCCGCCGACUUCCAGCACGGAGGAGCUUGCCCGUCUCCUUUAAGAGGGGAGGCUGGGCUUCCCGUGACCUCUCCGUGCGGCCGCCCCUUCCUGGUUGCCAUAGCGAUUGGCCGCUGGCGUCCUAAAAUGGCGUCGCUCCUCACAGACACUUUGUUCGAGGCGCGAGGGCAGGCCCCGGCGCCCAGCAAAGACUUCUACCAGCUCCUUGUCACCAAGACGGAGGUAAUUUUCAGGUGGUGGAAAAUUUCUCUUCGGAGUGAAUUUCGUGAAGCAAGACCUGGAGAACUUAGAGAAACUCAUGAAGACUUCUUGGAUGACCCUUCUCUCCAAAUUCAAAUAGCCAUCGUGUUUGGAGGAGAUACUCUGGAUCAUAUCUUCAACAUGUGCCGGGGGAAUUAUGAUUUCCUAGUGCGACUUCCUGAUCCAUUGCUUUUGUACAUCAUGUCCUAUUUGGAUCUUGAAGAUAUUGCCAGACUUUCUCAAGUAUCUCACAGAUUUGAAACGUUAUGCAACUCGGAUAAACUAUGGGAAAUGAUUGUACAAAAUUUAUCGGGCAAAAUUACCUCAGAAAUGAGAUCCCUGGCACACGAGGUGGGCUGGAAGCAGUUCUUCUUCACUAACAAGAUUCAACUGCAGCUCCAACUCAGAAGAAGAAGGCAGAUGAAAACUGAAUCAUCAGAUAGCCUGUCAGAUUAAAGGAGCGCUUUUCCUAGCUGGCGGUAACAACUCUAAUGUGUGUAUUUGUUCCAUAAAUGUCUUGCUUUGUUUUCUGGGAAAAAGAAAUUGAGCUGCAGGUAUAAAAUUAAUGUGGGGCCUGCCUUGAUGAACACUCAUUAUGAAGGUGUGCAAGGACUUUUUUGUUUCGUUAUUUCAUUUGUUUUCAUUGGGUAAAAAACUUCGUGAGGUUCGUCCAUUUACAGCACAUUUGUUUUCAUCACUCCCCUGUUUUUGCAUUGUCUUUAUUUUGCUUUUUCUUAGGGGCUGGUCAUGGAAGCCACUUCUUUGUAGCCUGCAAUUUAUUUUUCCAGAAAGACCUAGGCAUAGUCCAGGGAAUUUGAUGGUGGUAAGGGUAGUAUUAGCUGCCACAAAAACGAUGAAGGAGCCCACCCCACCCCACCCGGCCUGGGUGCAAUUUUCCUUUAAAAAUGCAUUGAAAUGACACAACAUCCAGGGUAUUCUGGGGAAAUAAAAUGGCAGCUACCAGGAGGAAGCUGCUGAAAGCAACUGAUGUUUCCUGUAGCUGCAACUUAAUUCACAAAGAAACAAUUCCCUUUCAUUUUGUAAGAUAUGAAACAUCUAUACAUAGUUUGAGGGACCUGAUUAACUACAAUAUAAUGACCUUUUUUUUAAAAAAAAAAAGGGUUGAAUACUGUGUAAAUAUUUCUGAAGGCUAUUAUAUUUUUAAUAGCCAAAUGUUAAACCCACUUUUUAACAAAAGCAUAAAGAACUGCAUGGUCUGGAACAAUGACACUGCUCCCCCAAUUUCCACCCUAAAACAGGAAUAUCCACUUGCAAGUCCAGAAAAGUAUUAUUUGCUCCAACCAUGGCUACAGCUUUCAAGCUACCACUAAUGUUUACAAAGAACAUGCAAUGUUGUUACUUGGUGUUGUAAUACUUUUAAGACUAUCCUAAUAUUCAACUGAAAACAAGAUUAAUAUGGUUUGGUGACGUUCUUUAUCUGAGAUCUGCCUUCUGCUCCAGUGUUUAUGAUACAGUUCAAAAUGAUAUAUAGUACAUUUUCUGUUUUGCCAUAUUUUAUAAAAUGUGCCACUCAAAAUUUAGGCCUUACAAGUAUUUCAUCUUCAGUUUAGCAGAGAAAUAAUUAACUUUUUUUCAAUAAUGUUCAGGUUUGCUUAUGUCCUUAAACAUAUUUUGCUUAGGGUAUGCUUAAUGACUUGAUUUCCUUGAUUUUAGAAACAGUUGAAAAUUAAGUAUUAGAGUCUAAAUCUUGUCUUAAAUGAUCAGUAAGGGUUUUUUGCAGUACAUUCUAAAAUACUGUGAAAAUAUUAAGUAUUAUUAUAGAACACUUACAGUCCAAAUUGUGUCUUGAAUGAACAAUAUUUUUAAAUAAAUGUAUAAAUAACGUGAAAA